AUGGAUUUUAAUAUUGAAAAAGAAAAGCAGAAAUAUCUCAAUUUGUUAAAGAUCAAUCCAAAUGAUAUAGAUUCACUCUUUUAUCUUACAGAGACAUUUGAUUUUGAUGAUGUACAGCAAGUAAUGGUGCUUCCAUCUGGUGAAUCGGUGACUAAAGAGCAACUCCUAUUGAAAGUGAUUUGCAUGAAUCCAAACUAUGGCUAUGCAUAUCACAGCCUUGCUGCACCACUUUCAAUAGGUCAGACAAUCACACUCAAAAAUGGAAAAUCAAUGACAAAACACCAACUCUACUUGAAAACAAUAGAGUGUGAUCCAAACUAUUACCCUCCGUAUUUCAAUAUUGCAAUAGGACUUGCAAGAGAUGAAUCAAUCAAACUAAACAAUGGGAGUUCAAUGACUCAGCAACAGCUUUAUUUGAAAACAAUAGAGUUGAAUCCAACACAUCCCGAUCCAUAUUUCAACCUCUCACAAACACUUUCCAGACAUGAAUCGAUUAUAUUAAACAAUGGCCAAAAAAUGACUAAACAACAAUUAAUCCUGAAAUCAAUAGAGUUGGAUCCUGACUUUCCACCUGGCUAUUCUCAGCUUGGAACAACACUAUCUGAAGGCCAAACAGUCAAACUUUACAAUGGUAAAACAAUGGAUUGUUUUCAACUUUUCCUCAAGGCAUUAUCACUGGAUCCAUCACACUAUGAUACACUUGUUAAUCUUUCGUUUAGACUUACACUUCAAUGUAAAAGCGAUUCAUCAGUCACUAUGCCCUCUGGUGAAUUAAUGACAAAGAAACAACUAUACUUGAAGGCAAUCCAGGUUGACCCAGAUCGCUACGAAGCAUACUAUUUCCUAGCAUUGGACAUGAAACCUAACGAAACAGUCACACUCUAUAAUAAUAAAAAAAAGACAAAACAACAGCUAUUACUGGAGGCAAUCAGAGUCGAUGAGGAAGAAACAUCGAUUUAUAAAGACAUUGGAUUAACGCUUUUGAAAAACAAACAAGCUAUUACACUUCCAAAUGGUGAACAAUUAUCAAGAAGACAACUACUUAGAAAAGCAAGAUAUGCUUAG